AUGAAGUUCGGCACCCUUUCCGCAAUCAAGCUAGUGCUUCUGGGCUCCCUGUCACUUGAAGUGGCCGCCAACUCAGGAUACGCAGCAAGUUGCAAUAGCAUCUACUUUACAGACCCCGGUCGUCAGACGACCUAUUAUACGCUCCUCGCAAAUUGCCGGGAAAACAGCGGCAUUUAUAAAGUCGACUCGCAAAUCAAUCUUGGAUCAUGCUUUGGCAACUCGGGCGGAAAACUUGUUGCUAUGAAGAACGGUGCUUUCGGUGCGUCGUGCAAAGAUGUGUCGUUGAGUGGCACUGUUCUCAAAGCUUCAUGUGGCAAUGGCGCUGGGGCAUAUGUUUCGACUUCAAUCGACACAAAUAACUAUAUUGGUAACGCCAACGGUUUAAUGUGUUGCUACAACGCUUGUGUUAACGAGGGCUGA